AUGGCCGUCCAGGUAUCUGACACACCAUUUAUGGGUGAGAAGUGGGUUGAGGCCUACUUUGCCUAUGGAAAUUUCGUCAUAGACCAGUUUACCCCUUUCCGGGUAUCCGAUGCACCAUUUAUGGGUAUCCUACGCACCAUUUAUGGCACAUGCACCGCAACAGGCCUUAAUCCACUUCUCACCCAUAAAUGGUGCAUCGGAUACCCGGAAAGGGACGAAAUUUCCCAGGCACAUUGUAUUCUCACAGAAAAUCAAUUUCCCGGUCACGGGGUGUUGCUGCUUGGCUUUAUGUCUGGACCGCUCCGCCUGAAACUCAACUGUAUUGUCUUGGGCGAUAAUCCUCGCCGUAUUUUCCCGGUCGACAUUGAGCGGAUGGAGAUUGUCGGUGACCUCAAAGAGGUCAUCAAAGACAAGAAAAGGCCGGAGUUUGACCAUGUUGCCACUGACCGUCUUGAGUUAUGGAAGGUCGACCUGCCUAUCGACGAGAUGAUUGAGCACAAUCUCAACAAUCUUACACUUGACCCAAUGAAAUCCCUAUCACCUGUGGAUGAAAUGGUAGAGAUUUUUCCCGAUGCUCCUCUGCGCAAGUAUCUGCAUAUUAUUAUCCAAUGCCUGCCUGCCAUCGACGUUGAGCGGACGAAGACUGUUGGUGACCUCAAAAAUGUUAUCAAGGUCGCCAAGAAGCCAGAGUUUGACCAUGUUGCCGCCGACCAUCUUGAGCUAUGGAAGGUCAAGAUCAAUUUGAAUGAUAUACAGUUACGGAAUGCAAUCAUGGAUGGAGGCAUCGAGCUGCGCCCAUUAACCGAGCUGUCCGAUGUGUUUGUGGAUGGAAUAGAGCGUAGAUGUAUUCAUAUCGUAGUGCAACAUCCUGCCAUUGCACGACACAUUCCAGCUGUUGAUAGGCGAAUCGCUUAUCUCAAGAAGGGCGCGGGUACUCCGUCGGCCGGUGCAAAACCAUCUGCAUUCUCUACGAAGCAGGACCAGCAAGAGUACCUUUGCAAUCGUCCUUGCAGAGCCGCGGACCCUGUUCCCAUUACUCUUCUCGAGCCUAUCUUUGCCGAGUUCAUGGAUGAUUGUCAAAAGUAUGAACCAACUGUCCAUGAUAACGACUUUGUUUUGCAACUUUCGGAAAAGAUGGCCUCCUUCUAUCCCAAUGAGCUCACGCGGAUGAAUACAUUCCGGCAAGUGCUCCGGGACUAUGGUAUUAUACUCAAUGCUUCUAUGGUUGGCUUGACCAGAUGUAUGACAGACGGACAUCUUUUGUCUACCAACGGACAGUUUGUGCUGAUGAUAAUUGAGGGGAAGAACGAGAUCAGAAGUGGCGCUGCUGAACCAUUUAUGGUGGCGAUGCUGUACUACCGCAAGUUUAUGGAAGACUCGAAGAUUGAGAUGGUGAGGCUCCGGUCUUUCAUUCCAUGCAUCCAUAUCAUUGUCUUCGGCUCUGUUUUUACUGAAAAAGUCCAGUCUGAUGUCCUGGUCCCUAUCAUUCCUCUGUUUUGGCAUUCAACAGACCUCCAUAUGCAAGUGAUGGCAGCUCGUACUUUUGGGGCUCUCAAAAUUGCCGUCGAGAAACUUACAAAACUAUACUCCCAUCCAAUCCUGUCCUUCGAACCCGAAGAUCCAUAUCUUAAAUGUCCUUACCCUCGGAGUUAUACCAAUUCCACUGGUUUCAUUCAGGAAUUCCGGUAUGAUGAGACUCAAAUCCUCAGGGAUCGACUUAUUUUCUUUGGGGAAACCAUCAGCGAUGCUGCUGGGAGCAAGAUAUGCAUCAAGUUUGUCAGGCACUAUUCCCCUCAGGCUCAUGAAUUCUGUGCCAGCAACGGGAACACCCCCAAACUUAUUGCCUACAAUUCUUUACCCGGCGGCUGGAAUCUGCCGCUGAAGGAGACCAUCACCUCUCUCAUCCGGGAGUUACACAAUCACAAUGAUGGCUACAUGCAUGGCGACCUUCGAGAUACCAAUUUCAUUGUGCGAGAUGACAAUCACUUCAUGCUGCUCGAUUUCGAUUGGGCCGGACCGAUCCAGAAGACACAUUAUCCUAUGUAUGUCAAUCGGAAGGAUAUUUGA